AUGCAUGAUCACUGCUAUUACGAUGUGGAUCUUAUCCGUCCAAAUAAUUAUGAUCUGGGACUUGGAUUAUGUGGUGCCAGGAAUGCAGAUGGAAAAUUGGCUAUUGUCGUAUCUGAGAUAAUGCGAGGAAGUCCGGCUGCUGGCUUAAUAAAAGCUCCACUUGUCCGAAAUUAUUCAAACGGCCUUCAGGCAAGCAGUAUGAAUCAAAUUGCCACCGAUCAAUCUCAAAUCUCACUGUUUACGGAAGAACAAUCCGGUCCCGGUCUAGGUGAACCGUACCAACCCGUGGACAAUCACGGGGAUCAAGCUGUGGUGGGUGCACAAAAAAACAAUCUAUUCAAAACGGUUCAUUUGAACCGAAGAGAUAAUGCGGAAAGUCUUGGUGUGGAAUUAGUCAGCCGCAUUUUUGUCCAAUCCGUGGAUGAAGGUGGUCUGGGAGAGUGUUCCGGAUUACGGUCCGGAGAUCGAUUGGUCUCUCUGAACGGGAUCAAUGCAGCUCAUUUGAGUCUUGUGGAUACGGCCAAUAUGCUUCGACGUCAGGAAACAGUGAUCGAAGUGGCUCGUGAUCCGACUAUUGAUCCUCCCCUGGCGGACACAGUUGAACCGAACGAGCAGCAGCAGCAGCAGAGCGGGGGCUACGCGAAACCCCAUCCACAUUUUGUAAGGAAACAGAGAAAACAUCGUGAUCGAUAUCGACCACGGCCAUUCGCACGUUCGGUAAACGACCUGCAGUUUUCUUCGUUACGAAAACUGCCACAUGAUGCGAUACCGGUCUGUCGACAAUGCUCGGCUACCUAUUCCCUUGAUGAAGGUGAGAAAUACCAAAUAAAACAACAGAGUGACGAAGAAGCUCGUUUUCAGAAAUCUGGUAUUCAUGCCAAUACAUCUCAACAUAACUUAUUACUUGGAGAUAAAAUUUCCUUAGGGAAAUCAAAUCAAAUCGCAUAA